CUGUAAACUUUUUUAAUGCAAUUGAAACAUGACUUGUACAUGAUGCAGUUUUUAAUAUUGUCUACCUUUUUUUGAAUUUCUGUAGCAGAACUUCGUUUAAAGUUAGAGUCUGGGGAAAGGGAUAAACUAAGGAGUAGGCAGAAACGAAACAACAAAUUUAUUCAGUGUCUUAGGGCAAUUGUGGCACAGAUCGAUGCUUGCAUUCAUCAAAGCAGCGUAGGUCUGUUAAAUAAUGCUUGGCGGAAUUCAAGAUCGCCCAGUAUUGCGCCAAAAGUACCUUGCAAUUCAUCGCCUUGCGUAUGGGAACCAACUGCGGACGAGUUGUGCCGUUGCAAAUCAGGAUUGCUCAGCACUUCUUCAAAUGCAUGAAGAAAUUCGGAAUCUUCAGGCUCAUCGUUAACAGCUAUAGGCGUAUUAAGAACGACAAAGUGGCCAGAUGGAGCAUCAUCAGAAACCAACGGAUUCUCAGGUACGCAAACUUGCCAGCCCUCAGGUGAGUCUAUGUUGUGGUAGAAAAUUGAGAAUGAGGUCUUACAUGAUGGGCAUUCCAACUUGAUCUUGCAUCAGUCGAAAAGGCAUUGGUAACAAAAGACAUGCCCACAAUCUGGUUGGGAUUUGUUGGCAUGCGGACCCAAACAAAUCGCGCAGUAAUCAUCGUCAUAGUUGGUUGCGAUUCCUGUUCGAAACAUGAAGCUCGAUCGACCGUUAUUCGCCAUAUCAAAGCAGAGUUAAUGUGAAAAGUAAUAUUCCGACUAUUAAGCGCGUAUAUCUAAGAGGAGCAUCAGUAAUUAACAUUUCUUCGUUUCUAACAGAAUUUUCUUGUAAAAAUGUAAGUAGCACAUUGCGUAAUUUUGGGAAAAUAGCAACGUGGCGCAAAAACCCAUAUGUUUCAGCACCUUUCGAAAAAAACACACUAGGCAAAAAAAAAUAUGUGGAAAGUCGAGGGGGGAAGUGGGUCAGGUCAUAGAUACUGCGCGUGUUAAGGUUAUUGUCAUCGUAUUUCAAUUUUUCUUAUGUAUUUUUCUUUGUAGAAAUAGAAACAGUUGUGCAAAUAUAAGGGAACACUUUCGACUGGGGUUUUGAGAUAAGAGUUUCCUGGAAGCCCAAACAAACGGAAAAGACAGGUCAGAUCCUUUUCCAUAUAGAUUUAGGUGCGCAUUUUGGUUUGUUGGUGACGGCGACAGGCAGUGGUUACUUCGAUUUUAUUUGGCCGGUUUAUUUACUUUUUUUUUUUCGGUUAAGCCUCGAGCGAAAUGUUGCAAGCAACUCUCAGGUUGGCGCAGCGUGGCAAUCAUUUUUCUAGGUCGUUUUAACAGAGACAGUGUUAUACAGUGGUGAACAGUUAACGGAAAGUAGCCUUUGGGUCAAGUGCUGUGCCCAACAUUUGUGUCAUGUCGCCAUCAGUGAACUUUUAAAAUGAUCUUAUCUUUCAGCCUCCUUGCCAUUGUGUUUGGUUUCUGUGUUGUACCUCACGCCGCUGCUCAAGAGCCCAACUCGAUAAUUCCUUUAGAUACCAAAGGGAUUGUUCAAAAUGGCUCGACGGCCUAUUACAAUCGUACGGCAGCUACACUGACGUUACGAUUAAAAAUGCUUAUUCGUAAGCAUAAUAGCAAAACAUAUCAGCUAUCGGAAAUUCGUUAUCGGAUCGACUUGGCCUUAACUCGGGAUGCUCAGUUACCGAAUGAUUCUCGGCAAUCAAAUUUUUGCGCAAAUGCUUUAGCGAAAUUUGCCGGAGCCUGCAAAGGACGUCAUCUGUCUACCACGAUUUACGCAAAACGUGCAGAUGAUUACGAGGAGGAUGUAACCGUUGUUUUCGAUCACAUUUACAGUGGUUGUUACAAGUUCAAAAUCAAAUGCUGUACCAAGCCCUGGUCAUGUGAAGAUUCUUGUGGAAAGAAAGACGGGAAUUACGAGUACCAUCUUGGUCAACUGGAGACGCAUUUGCAGAACGUGAACGUCACGCGAAUGAACAUCAGCAUGAGACUGGCUCAAAUUGAUAGGGGAGCAGAAGUGGAAUUUAGCGUUAAAUAUUUCGAAGAUUCUCGUAAGAUACUCGAAUUCAAAGAAUUCGAUGUCACCAUCAGAGAUUAUAAUACUAAUAAGACCAUAGUGAAAGCAACUACCACAAGCAAAGUGGUACGUUUUCCUAGCUGUAACGAUAUUAACGUCAAUUGUAGCCAACUAAGAGGAAUCCCAUCAUCUCAUAAAAAAAAGAUUAACAAGUGUUUAUGCUUACCCGACGGAAACUACACAAUGGAGAUUAACGUUGCCGAUAGUCGCUGCAAUAACCCGAAACAAGUUUGUGAAACCUACCUACAUCCUUGCAAGCGAUUCACCAACAGACCUACACAAGUGUUAAUCUACACAGGUGGACCCAAUAUUAUGCCACCUGAGCAUAUCUCUGUUUCUCAUUUUUCUGGAAUUAGUAGCUUUCUAGUGCUUCUGCUAGCCUUGCUGAGUAUCAUAUCUCUCGUUAUGCUUGUCUUCUUUAAUCGAAACUGGUUUUCGUCUCGACGUAACGACCAGUGCGCCCAUCAUUCACAAAAUGAACCAGAAGAAACGGUUUCAUUCUCUUUAGCUGGAAGGCAUGGCAAAGUGAUGCUUGUUUACGACAUGACCGACAACUCGAUGAAAGAAAUAGCUUCUUCUCUCCGAAUGCAAUUCAUAGCCAGCGGCAUUUCUACUGUUUACGAUGCUGGUGACCCCGGGCAAGAAGAGGAGGUCGUCAUCAGAGGAGAAAUCCACUGGUUUAAUAGCCUCCUCAACGACCCUGAAGUGAAAGUUGUGGUCAUCCAGUCCAAGGGCGUAAUUGACUGCUAUAAAGAACUAAAUCGCAUUAGAAAGUCUGAUAGUAUUGCAGCACAGGACCUCCAGGGAUUAUUGAACCUACUUUUCGUGCUGAACCAACUUAUUGCCAUCGCCGCUUCUUCGAUAAGUGAAGACAGCGUUUAUGGCCGGAUCUUUAUAACCACUUAUGAAAAUUUUGACUCCAGCACGGCCAUUAAUACCUUGACGCCUUAUAGAUGCUAUAAAUUGCCAGAACACUAUCACAUGCUGCUUAGCCAACUCGUCAUUCAUACUCAGAAUGAAAGGCGAUAAACCUUUGACCAGGGAUGGGUAAAACCCAAAUUAUAUAUUAUUUUUUUGCGCUGCCAAUCAAUUAAUCAGUCGCCCUUACUAAAAUGAAGACGCUCAGUAUCAAUCCCAGAAUGAUAAAAUGUUUAAAUACUUGUGGUGGUUCCCUAUUAACUUAAUAUGUGUUAAGCUUUUUUCAAGUGUGUUCGCUUUUUGUGUUCAUAUUCACUCGUGAAUCUCGAGUCAAUCGACUAACAGGAAAUGAUAAGAAAACAGAUAGUGCACUUCAAAAUAUCAUGAAUAAGGUCAGUAUUUCAGAGAACGUUGCUAAUAAUCACGUAUUGCGUAAAUGUGUUGUUUAUGUUACCGCAGUUGUUAUUGACAUUCAACGAUUAACCGCCGACGAUUAAAUCAAGACGAACAGCAAACGACUACCACAACAAAAACCCCUAAACUUGAUAUCUCAAAAACUCGUAUCCGGGAUAAAUUAUUGGAUUUUUGCCGACCACGCAAUAAUCCCACGUCAGCCGCCCAUUAAAAAUUACGCGGUGCCGCUCUGAAUUUCUUCGCUUUUUUGUGACGAUACAAGUCAGUUAUAGUCCAACGUUCCUCAUUACUGGACACGAAGAUGAGUGUUACAGUGCAAUCAUUAAAAACUGUUUUUCCA